GUCAUUUGCCAAAUGUCACCAAAAACUAACAUCAGUUUUGACAAAUUGACAAACAUGGACGAGUGCAAUGGCAAUUUUUUAUAAAUUAAAAGAAAUAAGUUCAGUAAAAAGAAAAGUAAAAGUUAGUUCAGUUCCUUUGUUAGUGCCCCCAACGUUAGAAUGUCGUUUGAUACAAGUGAAGAGAUGGACAUUCAACAAGAGCUUGAAAAUAUUGAUAAUGUUAUAAGCUUAACUAGAGCAAAUAUUGAUGCCUUAAAUGCAAAAUUUGCCGGUUUUCAACAUCCACCAACAAUGUAUAUUAAAGAAUACGAAGAGUUAACGUCAAAACUACACGAGCUUGAAUCUAAACAAUUGAGACUGAUGGAACAGCUCAGUAAAGAAAAUUCAGACAAUUUGAGUGAGCGAUAUGAACCGCAGUAUGAGACGGUCAAACCACAGUAUGAAACACUUAGGCCUAAAUUUUUGCGAGCGUACUUACCCAAUCAGCAACGAACUAGUGUUCAAGUGCGUGAGGGUCUUAGUUUAAGAGAGGCUUUGUCUAAAGCCAUGAAAUUAAGAAAUUUAGUUUGUGAAACGUGUCGUGUAUAUUCUGGUUGUGGUUAUUCUGAUGAAGCUAUAAAUUGGGAUACCGAUAUCAGUACUUUAAACUGUGAUGAAAUUACAGUUAAAAUUUUAGAUAAAUUUCCUAUUCCUACUAGUAUUUCACAUAAUUUUGUUAGAAAGACUUUUUUUACAUUAGCUUUUUGUGAAUGCUGUAGGAGACUAUUAUUUCAAGGUUUUUAUUGUCGGACUUGUGGUUAUAAGUUUCAUCAGAGAUGUGCAGCUAGAGUGCCCCUUCUAUGUCAUCAGGUUCGUAUGACAGAUGCUUACUACAGAGCGUUGCUAGCUCUACCAGCAGAAUCAAGUCCAGCAGGUAUCCUCCAUGCGGGUCAGGCUGAGUUAGAACUACCGUCAAAACAAGAAAGACAUUCUGGCACAUUAGGACAUCACGAUAGAUCUAAUUCAGCUCCAAAUGUUUGUUUAAAUAAUGUUAAAGCUUCUGGUGAUGAGUAUCCCAAGACGUUACCAAUUUGUAGAGGACUUGAAGGAGACUGUGCACCACAUUGUAGAAGUACCCAGGCAUCUCCUACAGGUUCCCUUCAACCCCGUCGACAACGUGCCAAAUCGGCAGAUGAAAGCAAACCUCUUCUCGCUCCUCGUGAAAGUAUUGAAGACUGGGAAAUACCAGCGGAUGAGAUUCUAGUAGGUUCUAGAGUUGGAUCAGGAUCUUUCGGUACCGUUUAUAAAGCCCAUUGGCAUGGACCUGUGGCGGUGAAAACACUGAAUGUGAAAAUUCCAACAAUAGGCCAACUACAAGCAUUUAAGAACGAAGUAGCAGUUUUGAGAAAAACUCGACAUGUCAACAUUCUUCUUUUCAUGGGUUGCGUUAGUAAACCACAGUUAGCAAUUGUAACACAAUGGUGUGAAGGCUCUAGUUUGUAUAAGCAUCUACACGUUUUAGAAACAAAGUUCCAACUAUUCACGUUAAUAGAAAUAGGUAGACAAACAGCACAAGGUAUGGACUAUCUACAUGCCAAGAAUAUUAUUCACAGAGAUCUAAAAUCGAACAAUAUAUUUCUUCAUGAUGAUCUAACAGUGAAGAUAGGGGACUUUGGUUUAGCUACGGCCAAAAUUAGAUGGUCUGGUUCACAUCAAUUUCGUCAACCGACAGGAUCGAUUUUGUGGAUGGCACCAGAAGUAAUCCGUAUGCAGGAAGACAAUCCAUACAGCUUUCAAUCUGACGUAUACGCUUUCGGUAUCGUGAUGUUUGAAAUGUUGGCGGGACAGUUACCAUAUUCGCACGUUAAUAACAAAGACCAGAUACUCUUUAUGGUCGGUAGAGGGUAUCUUAAGGCCGAUCUCACAAAACUAAGAUCCGAUACUCCAAAGGCGCUGAGACGACUUACCGAAGACUGCAUAAAAUUCAACAGAGAUGAACGUCCAUUAUUUCGACAAAUACAUGCGUCGUUGGAGGGAUUAUUAAGGAAUCAUCCAAAAAUUAGUCGAUCAACAUCCGAACCUAACAUGAAUCGAACUCAUCUCCAAUCAGAUGAUUUCAUGUAUACAUGCUCGAGUCCUAAAACACCCGUACACUUCGGUGCGGGAAGUUUUCUAUUCUAUUCUAGUGGUACUGGUAACAUUUGAAUUUUUGGGUGUCUUAUUGAUUCUGGUGUAUGUGAGUCGAUUUUAUUGAAGCAGAGUUCCGACGUCCUAAUUAUUUUGAAUCUAUUGUUGACUGAGAGAUGGCAGCGGUACUGUUUGAUUUAUUUUUAAAAUAUUUUUUUAUAAUUAAUUUGUUAUUCUGUAUUUCAUGGAUUUGAUUAAAAUUUAUCUAUUAAAAACACUGUUGGAUAUAUUAUUAUAUACAAUAACAAAAACACUUUGUUUGUAAAAAAUAUAUCUGAAAUAAUACCGAUGCUAUCUCUACUGUAUAUUGUUGUUUUUAAACGGAUAUGUCCAAGUGCACUGGUUAGUCUGAAAAAUGUUGAAUUUUUUCCCGUUAAUGACUAUUCUAAAUUCAUUGGAUAGUUUAGACGAUAAUUUUUUUUGGGUAAAGUGAAAUGUUGGUAUGAAUGAAAAACAUUUUUACUUUGUUCAACGUAGAAUUCAUAAACUUGACUUACCGUUUGCUGUUAAAAAAUUAAAAAUAUUGAAAGGCAUAAUACCAUUCAUAGUUUGACGUUUGAUGUCGUAGUUUAGUAACGGAGACAUACCCCGCUACUAAGGUAUUAAAAGUCAAGCCGGGGACCAGGGUCAAUGACGGGUCAAGGUCAAACUGAGUUAAACGACCAAUCAAGGUCAAGGACCACUCCGCAUUCACAUACCCUCAACCACUAUGGCAUCAAAGGUCAAGCUUGACAAGUCGUUGAACUGGGAUUGACCUUGAUUGGUCAUUGAUGCCAUAGUGAUAAGUGGUAUGUGAGUGCGGAGUGGGAGGUGUCACAGAAUCCCCAUUUCUCCCCUACUCAGUUUACCUAUCGGUCUGCCGUUGUUGAUUUUCAGUAUAAACGAAUUUUAUCUUUUCCUGUCGGCUGUUCGUAUCGAUAGAAAAGAGCCAAUUACAACUGUUCACGUUUGUCAUGUUUGUUCCAAUAAUAAACUUCGCUAUUUUUCAUAAUAUCGUCCAUGAAUAGCGGAUUACAAAUAAAAACAGAAAAAUAUCACAACAAAAAGCAGUAUACAUGUCAAAAAGGAUUAGAAAAUUUUUAGGCAGCAAACGGAAAGUCAAGUUUAUGAAUCGGCCUUAACAGUAUAAACAUUCUAUUUGUGAAAAACCCACUGUUUGUUAUUCAACUUUUAUGUAUUUAAUUAUUUUGUGUCAUACAUGAUCAUCCAAGUUACUCAAUCUAUUAUAUAUUUUCCGUAUAAUUUUCUUUAUUAUGUAUUAUGUAGUAUAGAGUCAGUCCUAAAACAGAAAUCCUCUAAACAACUGAUUAAUUAUUCUACAGUUUUUAAAUUAAAAGGUUAAAUUUUCAAGCAAGUACAUUUUCCUAAAAACCUAUUAAUAAACUAAUAUUUCAUUCUCUAUUGUUGUCCAAAAUUUGUAUUACAUAUUGGGUGCAAUAGAAUUUAUGAAAAAAACAAGAUCCAAGAUCAUCCUUAUAUACGUGAUUUUGACAAAAUUAUCAUCCUUAUCCUGUAUCUUUCUAUACCAAGUGGAUUCUAACAAGAGUAUUCACAAAUUUAUUGUGUAUUGAGCUAUUGACAACACUGCAAUCCAUUUUCGCACUUUUGUACAAACUAAACGAAUAUUCUCCUGUUUACCUCCAAUAGGAAACACUUACUAGUGCCAGUGACAAUGAGAGACUUGUCAGCAUAUUUUAAUACGUGUGCUAGAAAGCCAGCUGGUAGAUGAAAGAACAUAACCGUCAUCAUAAAUCAAAAGUUUCUAGAAUUCCAAGGUAGUGUAGUUUCUAUCAACCUUGUCCUCGCGACGAUUCAACUUAGUUCAUAUUAACUUUUUAUGACCUUCGGGGUUAAUAACCACCAUAGUAGGUGAAAUUGUUGAAAACUUGAAUUUCAUUAACUGAAAGUUUGUUUUUUAUUUACAAAUACAUAUUUUGCUUUGUUCAACGUUUUUAGUUCAGUCAGCUUCUUUAUAUAUUUAUUGUAACGUUUUUUGUAUUUAUUUACACUCUUUCUAUUCGUGCGGUAAAUUAAUAAACACUGUCUCUUACGUUCUUAAUUUAUUUACACACUAUACACUAUAAUAUACAUAAUAUACACUCAACUUAUAAUUAUUUACUUAUAAAUAUCACUAAUAAUUUCUAUGAUUACUUUUACUAAUUCGUUGUUUUCACUACGACUUUUUGCUUAAAACUAACUGCGCCGCAUAAACUUAUUUAUAUACCAGAAAUAGAAUUCUACCAAGUUCUAGAACAAAAAGAAACACAAUAAAUAAAUAUACUUUCCUAGAAAUUAUUUAGAAGAAAUACUUCUAUAAUAAAAAGUUCAUCAAAGUUCAUUUAUAAACAACAGAUCAAAGGCACCGUGCGAAUUCGCCGAAUUUUGGAAUUCUAUUGUAGCUGGAUAUGGCCGGCCUAAAGACCCAUUUUGCAAGCUUGUUCGUAACAUUAUGAAAAAUGGAAUGUGCUAGCGAGUAUAGUUAGGGGGUAAUUUUUUUAGACACUCUUGAGUUAGUAAAAAAAAUUGAGGGAUACUCAAUUUAUUGUGACGGUCAACAUUCUAAAUCAAGUCUUCAGAUAAUUAGCCUAUUUUCGAUUAAAAAUAUUAAAAUAUUAUAAUGGUGAUAAAUCUCUCACUAGUGUCUUCUUGAACUGUUUGAAGUUAAAGAAUGUGGGAAAAUGGAUUGCGCUUUGAUGAUAUCCUGGUAUAGAAUUAAUGAAAUAAUAUCCAUUAAAAUUCCAACACAAUUUUUAGUUAUUCAAAAAGAACCAUAAGUUUUUAUAUUAUGCUAUUGAAAAAAAUACCUGAUUCAUAUUUUUGUGUGUCACUUUAUACUUUGGACAUCCAACAAUAAAAAAUUGUUUUCUAAGCAUUUUUAUAUUAUUGAACUGUUUACGUUUUCUUUAAACUUUAGUUGCUUAUCGGAACAUAACAUUUUGAUCAUAAAUGAUGUAGAAAAAAGAUCUCAGAAUGCCUCUUUUAUACUUCUGAUAUUGUUUUUACAAUAAAGAUAUUUGUGAUUGUAAAUUAACUAAUAGUUCCAAUACAAUGUUGUCAUGUUUUCCUCGCUGAUUUAGACCAGUUUAUCGUAUACAGAAUAAUAGAUAUUUAAUAUUUGUUGAGGUUAUGUAAUUGAUAGUAUUUAUUGUUUUUCUGUGUUUAAACUAAGUGUGUAAACAUUUUAAUUUUAAUUCUACAAAUACUAAAAGUUAUUUCCUUUUGUCAGUGCUCAUGAACAUUUUGCUGUUUUUUUCCCUUUCACAUAACAUCAAAUUUUCUUUUAAAUAAGAUAGUCACCUGUUAUCAUUUGAAAAUGAAUUCUUGUCACAAGCUGGCACAAGGGAAUUUGGUGUGUUAUCAUUUGAUUUGUUAGUUCAUCUCAAAUAUUUUUCAAUCUUGACAUUGAAUAAAAUUAUUGGCCACAGAGCUACAUUAAGCUCUCGAAAUGACUUUCAUGUAUGGAAUUCUUGAAAAUCGAAACAAGAAAGAAACCAUGACCGUUCAAGUCUAAGAAAAACGUUCGAUUAAAUGUCUGUGCUCCUUGAAUGAAUUUUGAACUACUGUUUGGGUGCUACGAUACGACGAGGUAACACAUUCUUUUUGUCACAAAAUGGUAUAAUAUGUCAUAUUUUUAUUGUUAGUUCAUCUAUAAUGUAUUUUUCAGUUUGAUAGAGAUCUACAUUUAGCUCGGAAAAUUACUUUUAUUCCGGAAAAAUAGGGGACAAAAAAGAAGCCAUGACCGAAAAUCACUCUUUUAAUUUUGUAAUCAACGUCCGGUGAAAUGUCUGUGCUUCUUUAAUGAAUUGUAAUAAUUUGAUUUGGCUCCUGUCAACAUCAACAACCACCAUAUCAUUUCUCCUGAUUGAGUUUCGUCCGACUGUUACGAUAAAUGAUUUGUUAUUUUGAAAUAAACCAUUUAACACUCGGAAUAUCUUUACAUUUGAUAAGGUUUUUCUGUCAAUUAUUCUAGUCUUUUUCGUUAAAAUGUGUAAUGUGAAACUAGUCUUUUCUCAUUCUCUAGAUGUUCAAGUGCACUACCUCACUAUUAUUUCACUAAGGUUUAAACCCAUUUUUAUAAUUUUCACAUAAUAAAUCAAAUUUAAGUAAGAAAAUAGUACCAUGAGUAUAUUUGUUGAGUAUUAUUUAUUUUCAUUAAUAUUAAUAUUUUUAUGUGUUAAACAUAACCUCAACACAAUUAUAGGUUUUUCAAUGAUUGAUGAAUGCAAGAGGUAAUUAUAGCUCACCAUACACUAUUGUUGGGGAAAGCAUUUUUUAAAUUAACUCUUACCUGUGUUACAUAAACCGUUGUUUAUAUAUUUACUUAAAGGUAUUUUAACGGGUAGACUGCAGUUGAACAAGAGGAGUUACGUUUAUUGGAAACAUUUUAAUCUCACAUGGAAAGACCAUUUAAAUGCUAUAUUUUCAGUUCAGUCUAGAGUGAAAUGAUUUAUUAUAUACACGUAAAAUGACUAAUAGUACGACAUUAGUUUAUGGCGGGCAUUUACACGAAUAUAGUCAUCUGUUUGGAUCAUUGAAAAGACUAUAAAUUUUAUACUACAUGUUGAUUUUACUAAAACCAUAUUCAAGUGAUUGUUUGGUAAUUUAAAUAUACUAGUGUGUGUCUGUUUUGCCUGAAUGCUAUUGUAUGUGUGAAAACAUAAAGCCUCUAAGUUAUUCUAUUGAAUAUACAUUUGAAUUAUACAACUAUUGUUUUGUUUUUAUAAAUAAAAUGUUACUAAAA